ACGAGUUAAAUGACUUCAUCGUGGUCAUUUCACUUUGAUGUCUGAGUUUUAUGAAUCUUAUAAAUGCUAAAUCUGCUUGCAUCUGAUAUCCACCAUUAAGUCACACGAGCUCACCAUUUGUUGGGAAUAUAAUUGGAAUAUAGAUACAGAUUCUUCAAAUAAUAUCUCAGGAGAUGCAUACUGCCUGCUGUCAGCUCGUGCUUCUUUGAUCAGCUGUUCUCUGCAAACUCACUGCCUAGGAGGAGUUUUCUUCUGCUGUCGUCGACGUGCAGGCGACUGGCAGCAAGCUGGGUCCACAUUGCAUCCUGACUGGAUCACAGGACGAACAUCAUCAUCCACCAUCCACCCUGACAAGGACAAGCCCUCACACAAUAACCACAGGAACAGGACAAUAUAUAAAAAAGAAAAUUCCAAACAGAAAUCGCAUCGAAAGCGGCAAGAUGCUGGCCUGUACGGAGAUGAUCACCAUGUGUCUUCAGUCUGCAAAGCACGAUCACUUGAGGAAACAGCAGGAGCUUGACCGCAACCAAAAUCAAGGCAUCUCUCUUUUUCAUGAUAUAUUCCGCCGGGCAGACAAAAAUGACGACGGGAAGCUGUCCUUGGAGGAGUUCCAGUCGUACUUCACUGAUGGUAUCCUCACUGACGGCCAGAUGCAGGAGCUGUAUUGCUCCAUCGACAGGAAGCAGACAGACAACCUGGACGUAGACCAACUCUCAGGGCACUUAACUCCACACGUGGGGGAAUACGUCAAUGUCCUGUCUGCUCUGGAAAAGCUCAAUGUGGCCAUUUUGAAGGCCAUGGAUCAAACUAAAGAGGAGUAUCAGGGCUCAUCAGUGCUGGGUCAGUUUGUGACACGCUUCCUGCUGAGGGAGACCUCCACCCAGCUGCAGUCCCUUCAGUCAUCACUGGACUGCGCUAUGGAGGCGGUUCAUGACCAGGGCUGUACUGGGAGGAGGAUACUGAAGAAGCCCGAGGAACUGCCUAUCCAGAAGGUGGCCAAACGCUCCGUUCGACGCAUCCAGAAGAACAUGUGUCUCUCCCCUACUGACCCUUACUCUGGCAUGCUCACCACAGGGGUCAGCGUGGAGCCAGACAACCACUGGGGCUCCCAGAUCAACCAACUGGAGCAGCUAAUAGACAAACUGGAGUGUGAGAGUCCACAUCUUGAACCUCUCAAAGAGGACACACUGGCAGGGACGUAUAAUUCGAACAUACUUCUGAUCCAAAGACAAAUGUCUGUGAAGGAGAAGGAUGUGGAGCCGUUUCAACAAGCUCUUAAAAUCUACACAGAUACCACCAGCAGCCAGCUAAACAACCUGCACGUUUCAGUCCAGAACCUGCCAGACAGAUCUUGCUUCAUCAUGUAUGAAUUUUGGCAGGAUCGUCUCUCCUGGAUGAGCUACCUGCAGUCGUCCAUCAGUAAGACCUUCCAGCGCUGCAUUAUCGACUCACUGGAAGAGCCGGAGAUGGUCUCCACCAUGCUGCUCCCAGCCUCGUGGUGGAUCAUGAACAACAACUGACGGAGAAAAAGCUGAUGCUAUUCAACACAAUAAAAGCAGGCGGAAGAGCUGAUUGUGUAAUCGUUUUGAUCUUUUUUUGUUCUUUGAUAUCCACUUUUUUCCUGAUGGCAUGACCAGGAUUGAUUUUGCAAAGCUAUGUUGCGAGGUUAUAAAAAAGACGACGUCACGAGUGAAUCUAAUUAAAAUCUUGGAGAUGAGGAAUUGAGGCAAUGCAAUAUUUCAUCGUGUGAUCAGGAUUUGUGCCAACAUUCAACAUUUCUUGCUUCUGAUUUAAUAGAAACAGAAGAAAUGAAAAGAAAAAAAGAUUUGCAUGAUUUCUUAUUUCUCAGUGCUAGUUUAUUUUAAAUGAAAAUAACAUCUUAGAAUAGAUAUAAUGUCACUGAUGUCACAAACAUAGAAAGACAUGAAUGACAACUGAUCCAUCCAUCACUAGCCGUCAUUCUUCGGUGAUAGUUGUAGGUUUAACCUGCAUUUCCCCUCGUCUUCUCUGUGGUAUUGUGCUUUGUUGUCUCCUUCAAAGCUUUGCUGCCAAGCGUCUUUUUGCUGAUGGGUUAGAAAGCCAAUAGAACAUAAAGUAGUUAAUGAACGAUUACGGUCCUCAUCUAAACUUUUAUCGUCAGUGUGUCACACCUGCACUUUAGAAAAAAUAUGAAACGUGGACCUAAUUGUGAUGAACGGAUAUUCAUUGUAGAUUGUCUAUUUAAAAAUGUAAAAGUAACUGCUGUUAUAACAAGCCAAGAGCUGCACUGAAGUGUAGUGAGACAUUAGCGGACGAUAACAAAUAAGUCUGCAGUUUACUUGUACUGUUACUUUAGGAAAAAAACACAAAAGCCAUUGUUUUACAUUUGCAGUGUAAACGGUACAGUACACACACAUAGAAGUUUAUAUUUUGAGUACAGAAAUCAAGCAGAAACUGUUCGGUGUCAUACAGUAAUACAGUAGUUAAUGAACGCUGUAAGUAAUUGUUGUAGAACAUUGGUAAUUGUACAGUAUGAUAGUAUAUUAAGCUGUGGUUGAUCCGAUAAUGUGAGGAAUGAAUGUGUUCACUCUUGUUUUUGUUUUUUUAAGUGUUUUAUCAUUUCUUUUAUGAAGAAUAUAAAGUUGUUAUGUGGAUGCUAUGUUUGUUUUCUAGCAUGAAAUAAAGUUCAUGACUUGCUGAUGACA